AUGGCGCCGCCCAGCAGCCUCGGCAAACGCGUAAAGGGUACACAGAUUAAACGACCCUUCAUUUACGGCACGACCGCCCGACCCUUCGACCCCGAAUCCAACCCCAAGCCGGAAGGCGUACCGGCAGAUCACACCCAUUCAUGGGAGGUCUUUGUCAAGGCCAUCGACGAUAUCGACAUCACGUACUGGAUUCGGAGAGUGCAGUUCAAGCUACACGAGUCCAUUCCUAACCACGUUCGCAUGAUCGACGGCGAACCGGGCAAACCGUUCCUUAUCCAAGAAACCGGAUGGGGAGAGUUUGAAAUCACCAUCAAGAUCUACUACGCGACCGAGUCGGGAGAGAAACCUCAGACGCUGUACCACAACCUGCGUCUUCACCCAUACGGACGGACCGACGCCGAGAAGGAGCAGAUGCUGCGACAGAACGACGGCGAGAUCCGCGCUUGGGCCUACGACGAACAGCUUUUCAACGAGCCGUACGAAGCCUUUUACGAAGUGCUCACCUCCGGUGCUCAUCCCAAGGGCCACACAGUUGGCAAAGGAGGCAAAGGCAAGAACAAACCGAUCCCGGCCUUGCCAGAGAAGACAUCAAACGUCCAGGUGGCGUGGGAGCGCAGCGCACUGCUGCCCGCCGUCAACAAGCCUGGCCAGCCGUUCAGUCUCGAGACCGAGCAGAUCGAGGUCAAGAAGCUCAAGGAGGCCGAGACCACGGCCAAGGGAAUGGCCAAGCAGCAGCUGGAGAUUCUCAAGGAGAAGGAGGCCCAGCUGGCUGCGCUAAAAGCAGAGAACGCUGCUGCUGCUACGGCCGGUUAG